GACAGAAAGAAACAAAAGACAGAACAAAACAAGAGAAGACAGAAGAAGACAACAGAGGACAAAAGAAGAGAAAAGAAGACAGAAGAUGAAAAAAUAAGACAGAAGAAGACAAAAGAAGAAAGAAGAAGACAGAGGAGGACAAAAGAAGACAACAGAAGACAGAAGAAGACAGAGAAAGACGGAAAAAGACAGAAGAAGACAAAAGAAGACAGAGGAAGACAAAACAAGACAAAAGAUGACAAAAGAAGCCAGAGGAAGACAAAAGAAGACAAAAGAAGACGGAAGAAGACAGAGAAAGACAAAAGAAGACAAAGAAGACAGAACAAAUCAGAAGAAGACAGGAGAUGGCAGAAGAAGACAGGAGAAGACAGCGGAAGACAAAAGAAAACAGAAGAAGACAAAAGAAGACAGAGGAAGACAAAAGAAGACAGAUGA